CUCAUUUCCAUUCUCAUUCCCAUUCUUCGCCUUCGUCCCUCCUUCAAUACCCAUUCCCAUCGCCUUUCCCGUCUUUCCCGCCUUUCCACCUCACGAUCGAUACGCACGCACACAAACACACGCACACCAUCUGGCCAGCGCAUUUCAUUCGUAUUCCUUCGAUUUUCUCGGCAGGGCUUCUUCGUCCGCGAACCUGACUCUCCUACCGACCGACACCCGCUGCUCACUCUCUUUUCUUUCGACUCUCCUCUCCAACGUACUCUUGCUUGUCCUGUCCUUCACACCACGCUCCGACAACUCGAUUUGAAUCGACUCGACUCGACUCGCCCACCUAGACUCGGCACCUUACUCUGCCAUUGCGCCGACACUUAGCCCGACAACACUUGGCCAAGUCUUCAUCGGCUGGGGUCUCUCGCGAAUAAUUGCUUGCUCUGCGUUGUCGUCCUGCCCACAAGGCUACCGAAUGGCUACGACCGAGGCCGCACUGCAGCCGCACGAUCGCCCCGAUCGUGCAGGCAGGCGCCGUCCUUUUUCCACCUGGGUCAAGAAGCUCACAAACUUCAAGACGUCCUCCUCGAGCGACGGAGGCGGCGUGCAUCUUCCCACUUCGAAACGCCAGCAGGCCAAACUACAUGCCAAACUGCGGGCCUCCAAGAACAACAAUAACAACAACAGCAACAACCCAUAUCCCCAGUCUGGCCGCGUGGCCUCCGCCAGCCACGCCGAUGUCGAUGUCGAAACCAGUUCCUAUUCCUUCUCAACCGCCCUGAGCGGGAGCGCGACCUCUCUCGAACCCUCCUCGCGCAUGUCAUCCGAUGAUGGUCGCGCCCCGCCCACCGCCGGUGCAAGGUCCAUGGCCCCAACGAUAUCGACAGACCACGACAGAGCCCCUUCGCUCGUCGCUCCCUCUCACGGCGCUCCCUCGGUCGCCGGAACAAGCCGGACCAUCGGCGGCGUCGAAUCUCGCAGGGGAGGCGACAGCACCUUUUCGUCGCCAGCGCCCUCUGUGCGCUCGCUGACGACAACCCUGACGACAAUCCAGUCCAUGGCGCCAAAUAAUGGCGGCACCCAUGUGCCAACGAACCCGACCACCAACGGCAACCACACAUCGCACCAGGGUCAUACCCAAUCGAUCCACUUCAACCAACCCUUCCCGACGGCCUCGCCCGCCUCCGCCAUUCCCGCCCACCUCGCACCCGCCGCGGCGGGACCAGGUAACCCCACGACCUACACCACCGCCACCGCCAACAACCUUCUCACCGACAACGCAUCCAUCAUCACCUUGGCGUCGUCAUCCCAGCGCCGCCGUCGCCGGUCGCUCGAUACGGACGCCUCGGUUCGCGCCUUGGCCCCCUCCUCCCUCUGGGGCGGUAGCCGCGAGAGUCUCCCUCUCAGCGUUCUCAGUGCCAACAUCGAUCCGGUCGUCGGCAUGCCGACAACCCCCGGCCUUCACCAUAGCAGCUCGCGCAUCGCCAACGCCGAGCGCACCAGCAUCUACUCGGCCACGGGCGUUGCCCCUGCUAUGCCCGGCGACCGGAACAGCUUCUAUGCAAAGCAGAGUGGCAACGGCGACGGGGCAAGCGUCCGGAGCGGAUUGCUGGGCCACGGUCGAUCAGAGAGCAUCAGCGGGAGCAUUGGCGGCGUGACGAGUCCGCUGACCAGCCCCCGGGAGGCGUCGGAAAAGGACGGAUCUGAGGACAGGGGCGAGGGCUCGAGUCGAGCGAAGACCGAAGAGGAGCGCUAAGAACAUGGCGCCCAACUGCUCUUCACGACCAUUUCUCUCGCAUUAAUGAAUCUGUGGCAUGGUGGGUUUUUCUUUAUGGC